AUGAGUGUCGAAAGGAUCGUGCAAAUCUUGAGUGUUGUAUAUGCAGCCGAAGAUAACGGGGACCGCCGAAGGGCCACUUUUGAACUUCAUGAGGUGGAAGAACAAAUGAAUAGCGAGGAAAUUGUAAGUAUCGGUACGGGUUUGCUUGCAGUUACGGACCGAGGUGCAGCCGUACAGGCUUACGGCGCAGUUCUUCUACGAAAUGCUGUAGUGUCUGGACGAAUACCCCCCUCGGUUGUACCGUACGAGGAGUUAAUGACAUGGUAUUUCAACGAACCAACACUAGGCCGUCUCCUCUGUGCUGACAUUGUGGAGCUACUCAUAGAGUGCAUGGUGCGUGAGUGGCCCGAGUCCUACCCGGACUUGAUUGCCCGUGUGUGCGCUCCUCCAACCCAGCUUGCACAGCAACCUCGUAAACUUCAUUUCCUUUCGUCAUUUAUCGCGCAUAUUACCUCUCCGCACGUGGGAGGUGUGCCCGUUAAUCGUAUGAAGCGGUUGAAAAAGGCGAUUGAGCUGUAUGGUCGUACAAUUCUUGUGGAGGUGAUUCAGGCGCUGUUCGACUUAUACACACAAGCCGGUGGAGCGGCAAGUAACAGCUGUGCUCCAGGAACUAAGGAAAGCGUUACGGAUUGUCUCAUGACCGUAGCUAACGCUACCCCCUGCCUUCCUGUGCACGUGUGGUCGGAAGUCGGCCUUACUAACACCCUUUCAGCGCUUGUACGAUGGGGACCAGCUGCCCAGGAAGCACUCGCUGCAACAACGGCACUUCUUCGGUGUGACCGUUUGUCUUGUGCAGGAGAAUCCACGGCAGCUGACUCUCUGCGAACGGAACUCCUGAACGUUGCCCUUGGUUCGGUAGACAUGUGGGUAGCUGAGUCAAAUCAUGGUAAUAUCGAAGAAGUUGUGGGAUUGCUGCACGAUUCGCCAGACACCCUUCUGCAGCCGGCCGCCCCUGUGGCUGGUCGUGUCUGUCUUCUUACCUUAUCCAUCCCAAGUGUGCUUCUUGCCUCCGUUGCGUGCUCCAUUUUCCGACGACUCGGCGACGCUGCCUUCACACAGAUUAAUCCCUUGGAGUUGCUGGCGCGCCUAGCGGUCUUGGUUCCAAAAAACAAAUUGCACCCUUGUUGCGGCACUUGUGAGGGAGGCAUGCAGAUAUCGGAGCAUGACUUCGGGACAGUCGAAGCAUUUACGCAAGCUUUCUCGGAGUUCCGUAGCCUCGCGGCGCAUGUUCUGACGUCGGUGGCGAGGAUCUAUCCAGUCGUUGCUAAUCAGUUUAUGCUUCAGCUAGUAAGUAAUCUUAGCGAUAGCCGCGGAACGGAGGAGGAUGCAAGGACCCAAUGUGGGUUUGUGACGCAGCGAAGUGACACCUUUUGCAAUUGGGAAGCAACGCAGUUCCUUCUGUAUAGUUUAUCUGAGUCGUUCAAGCACUCGUCCGAGUAUGUACCCCAAAUAAUUAACGAGUUGGUUAAAAGGGAGCCUGAAGACAUGGUCAUUUUUCCGGUUUACCUUAACAUGCUUUCGCUGUUGUGGAAUUGCCGGGAUGACACUGCUCUGGGUGUAUGGCAAGGUACGAUGGGUAUCAUUCUCAAAUCACUUGGGAAUCGAUACAGGGAGGUAAAUGACAUUGAUGUUGUAUCCGCGCGCAAGAGGGCGCUCACACUAUUGGUCACCGCCUGCAGUAAGCAUGCUAAGCAGCUGGUUUUGCUGGGGGAGCCUUUCUUGUGCCAGAUGGAGCGUUUGCUGAUGUUCUCGUCGACAUCAGCGAUGGAGCGUACAUUGCUGUACGAAGCAAUCGCCGCUUUCACCACCGCGCUUCCGGAGGAUGAGGCGCAGCGACGUCUUCAGAGUUUUCUUGAUCCUGUAGCGAAGAUCAUGGUCGACCACACAACAAAUAUGUGUCAGAAUGCCUUCAACGAUAUCAUUAUAGGACGCACCACCGCUCAGCGAGAUGAAGGCUACGUUAUUCGGGACAGUAUCAACGUUUUUGCUGGAGUUCUGCGACGCUGCAAGACACUGCCUUAUGUUGUUGAGGCAGCCUCGUCGUUGGUACCAUCCAUCAUGAAGCUCAUGGAGUUUGCGCACAACAUUGACGCAAAGGACCUGCCUCCCGAAUACAAAACUCUUUUUGGCACUUAUAAUGGAGAUGGGGGGGCGGCUUCCCACCUCAGGUCUCGUGAAGGUGAAGGAGCGGGUGGUCGAAAAUCCGAUGUAUAUAGGGCUCGGAAAAUAUUGUUGGACAUACGCCUGGCGCUUUACCAGGUGAUCGGAGCUUUGAGUUCAUUUUUUUCUGUAGAGCCCCUUGAGAAUAUGCUACAGAUGUUAGUGUGUGUCACGCGAUUGUUGCCGAUCCACGCUAUGCGGCAGUUACUGUCGCAUUGCUUGUUUCCUGUAGCCAGUGCUCAGGAACGGCUAAUACCUGCGACUCUCUCCGUGUGCACCACGUUCUACAUGCAGAGGAACCGUGGCGCGAGUCGCGCUCCGGAGGCGGAGGCGGUGGAUGGCAGGCAACUUUUCGGCCUUUCAAAAGACAUCUUCGCCUUUAUUAGGCAAAAUGUGGUGGAUCCCAAGCGACUCGAUGGAAAUCCAGCACUUUGCCAGAUUGUGGUCGAUGUAACGCUGAGUGUCUUAGAGAGUGGUGUAAACAUUGCGGAAGCUUCCCGCUUUAUAUCGGCGAUUGUGUCCAAUGGCAAUGACGCUAAUCGUUUCUCUGGCACUGCGAACGCCCAAAUGGUUGAUAUGGCUCUUUGCGCUUACAGGCGAAUGAUUGAUUUCGCAGUGCGCGCUGAUGAGUCCCUGUUACCACCUAGAGAGCGUGAGAAACUGUUAGUCACGCUUGCUGACACCUACGUUUCUCAGUAUCCGCUGUACGUGACGGCGAUGAAGGACCGUUAUCCCCAACCCCAGGUGGACGAACUAAACACACAUUUAACGAUGAUGGGUCGUAUUGAUGUUAAGAGGAGGUACUUUAAGGAGUUUCUGCAGCGGUUUGCGGGGCAAGUUUGUGUAGAUGGCGGUCAGGAGGGUGAUCGGUAA